AUGCUGUCGUGGACCGCUUCGGUCGUUCUCGUCAUAGUCAUCAGCAAUGUCAUUCGCCAGCUCCUUCCACGGCCGAAAAGCGAACCACCGCUGGCAUUUCACUGGUUACCAUUCCUGGGCAAUGCAAUAGAGUACGGAAUCGACCCCUAUAAGUUCUUCUUACGCUGUCGUGAAAAGCACGGCGACAUCUUCACAUUUGUGCUUCUCGGCAAGCGAAUCACUUGUUACCUUGGAGUUGAAGGCAACGAAUUCAUCUUAAACGGAAAACAUCAAGAUCUCAAUGCGGAGGAAAUAUACUCUCCUUUGACUACCCCAGUGUUCGGAGCUGAUGUUGUAUAUGAUUGCCCCAAUGCGAAGCUGAUGGAGCAGAAAAAGUUUGUCAAGUUCGGACUCACUACACAAUCCUUUGAAUGUUACGUCCCACUCAUUGAGUGCGAGGUUCUGGACUACAUCAGAUCUGCUUCUGCCUUUCAAGGAGAAAGUGGGACGAUUAAUGUGUGCCAGGCAAUGUCCGAGAUCACAAUCCUUACGGCCGCGAGGGCCUUACAAGGAGAAGAAGUACGGCAGAAACUCUCAGCAGAGUUUGCGUUGUUAUAUCACGACCUCGACAUGGGCUUCCAGCCCAUCAACUUCCUUAUGCCUUGGGCACCCCUACCUCACAACAAGAAGCGAGACGAAGCGCACAUGAAGAUGAAGAAUAUUUACAUGGAUAUAAUCGAAAGGCGUCGCAGAAAUGCCGAGAUAGAGGGCUCGGAUAUGAUAUGGAACCUUAUGAACUGCGAGUACAAAGAUGGAACACCUGUACCGGAUGCGGAAAUUGCAUGUAUCAUGAUCACGCUACUCAUGGCGGGACAGCAUACCUCAGCAUCCGCAAGCUCUUGGAUCAUGGUGCAUUUGGCGUCGCGACCUGAUAUUGUCGAGCAACUAUACCAAGAGCAAUUAAAAUACCUCGGUCGUAAUGGGGAACUGGCGCCACUACAAUACCCGGACGUGGAAAAACUUCCUCUGAUGCAAAGUGUCAUCAAGGAGACCUUGCGCAUGCACUCAGCCAUUCACUCUGUCAUGCGAAAAGUCAAGAGACCUAUGCGAGUUCCCGAUACUUCAUACAUCAUCACGCCAGACAAGGUCCUCCUCGCAUCCCCGUUGGUCACGGCAAUGAGCGAGGACUACUUCGACAACGCUGAACAGUGGGAUCCUCAUCGCUGGGCCUCCAUCAAAGCCUCAUAUGUUGACCAUGUCGAUAUUGGUGACGAUGCCUCCAUCUCCAAAGGAUCUAAGAGCCCUUACCUUCCUUUCGGAGCUGGUCGCCAUCGCUGCGUCGGCGAGAAAUUUGCGUAUCUCAAUCUCACUGUGAUCAUCGCCUCUCUAGUACGCAACUUUCACUUCUACACACUGGACGGCACACAGACGGUGCCGAAGACAGAUUACGCAUCGCUUCUGUCACGACCAAAGGAGCCAAGCACCAUAAGAUGGGAGCGCCGAGAUGCGAAAACCAGUCAACGAACACUGUGA